AUGUCCACCGUCUUCAUCGCCGUUCAAUGCUUCCAAUGCUCAACCAUGCAGGUGAAGCAGAGGAAGAAAAGUAGCAACAAAUGGAGCUGCGUAAUCUGCAACGAGAAACAGUCGGUUCGGAAGGUGUUUUCCCAGGGAUUCAUGGCUAAAGAUGUUCGAAAAUUCGUACAGAGCUUUAACAUGUCACGACAAUUCGUCGAACAACAGCAGGAGCUGCCAGAAGAAGCCCUCGUUCAAGAACAAAUUGAGACUCAGCCGAAUAGAAAGCGCACCGAUUGGAGUGAGUACAUCGACUCUGACAUCAACGAUGUUGGAGUCUCUGAUGAUGAAGGGGAUUUGUGUGAACCAAAUGUGGUAACGGAGCUGCCAAAACCUUUGUUUAAGAAGCCAAAAUUGAGUUAUAAUUACUCUGAGGCUGGAUUAGAUAGUGAAGAUGGUGAAAGACUUCGGAAGCCAGUUUUUGGGAAGAGAAUCACCAAGAGGAAAAUUAACAAUCCAGAUAAGGAGCCAAGAAUAACUAAAAGGGUCGGUGAAUAUAAACUUAAUCAUGAGUAUGUGGAUAAAGAGAUGGGAGGAUCUUCGAAAUGGAGAGAGAACUCCAAAAUCCAACGUGAUGAUAACGUUAACGAUGGCUCUGCAUACGAAAGAUCAAGUUCAAUGAUGACUAAAGUCAGGAGGCCAAUUUCAGAGCGGAAUGCAUGCCAAAAUGAUGGCGAUAAUGUUGAUCAUGGUUUCACAUACACUGGAUCAAGUUCAGUGAUGACAAAACUGAAGAAACCAGUUUCUAAAUGGAAUGAGUUCAUUGAUGAUGGUGAUGAGUUGCAGCUUGAAAGCAGAUGUCAAGAGAUCAAUCAUGGUGCAUUUGAGACAAAGGUAAGUGAUGAGAUUGUAGAAGAUGAUGUCCAUCCUGAUUUCUUGUGA